AUGGGAAACACGGCCACCAAGUUCCGCAAGGCGCUGAUCAGCGGCGACGAGGGCCUGGCAUGGCAGCUGUAUGAGAGCAACCCCCAAUUUAAGGAUGCCCUGGACCCCAACGCCUCGUACGGAGAACCCUACCAACACAACACGCCCCUGCACUACGCCGCGCGCCACGCCAUGAGCCGACUCAUCAGGUCCUUCUUGUUCUGCAAGGACGGCAACCCGAACAAGCGCAACGUGCACAACGAGACCGCCCUCCACCUGCUCUGUAUGGGGCCUCAGAUACUGCAGGGGGAAGGGACGCUACACCCCCGCAUCACUCGCCCGCACGAGGACGAGCAGAAGAGGGCGGAGUGCCUUCAGAUGAUCCUCAAGUGGACGGGCGCCAAGCUGGACCAGGGCGAGUACGAGAGGGCCAACGUGAACGCCGCCGACAAUAAGAAGAACACCUGCCUGCACUACGCCGCCGCCUCAGGCAUGAAGACCUGCGUGGAGCUCCUGGUGAAGAGCGAGGCUGAUCUGUUUGCGGAAAACGACGAUCGGGAAACACCGUGCGACUGCGCUGAGAAACAGCAGCACAAAGAGUUGGCUCUCAGUCUGGAGUCUCAGAUGGUCUUCUCCCAGGACCCUGGUGCCCAGGCUGAAUACACCGCUCUGGACCGCAAAGAGCCGUAUGAGGGCUUGAAGAUUCAGGACCUGCGGAGGUUGAAGGACAUGUUGAUUGUAGAGACGGCAGACAUGCUACAAGCACCUCUUUUCACAGCUGAGGCUCUUCUACGAGCUCACGACUGGGACAGAGAGAAACUCCUGGAAGCUUGGAUGUCCAAUGCGGAAGACUGCUGCCAACGUUCAGGCGUUCAGAUGCCGACCCCUCCCCCCAGCGGCUACAACGCCUGGGACACCCUUCCUUCCCCCAGGACCCCUCGAACCACCCGUUCCUCUGUUACCUCGCCUGACGAAAUCAGCCUGUCGCCUGCCGACGAGGGUCUGGCCCUGUGUGGAAUUUGUAUGUGCACCAUCUCGGUGUUUGAGGACCCCGUGGACAUGUCGUGUGGGCAUGAAUUCUGCCGAGCAUGCUGGGAAGGGUUUUUGAAUUUAAAGAUCCAGGAGGGGGAGGCCCAUAACAUUUUCUGUCCAGCCUAUGACUGUUUCCAGCUGGUUCCUGUGGAGGUCAUAGAGAGCGUGGUUUCCAGGGAGAUGGACAGACGCUACUUGCAGUUUGACAUUAAGGCCUUUGUGGAUAAUAACCCGGCCAUUCGCUGGUGCCCCGUGGCGAGAUGUGAGAGGGCAGUUCGGCUGUCCAGACCGGGCCCCGGUGCCUCAGACCCCCUCAGCUUCCCCCUGCUCAGGGCCCCCGCUGUGGACUGUGGGAAGGGCCAUCUGUUCUGCUGGGAAUGCCUUGGUGAAGCCCAUGAGCCCUGUGACUGUCAGACAUGGAAAAUGUGGUUGCAGAAAGUCUCUGAGAUGAAGCCUGAGGAAUUGGCUGGAGUGAGUGAGGCCUACGAAGACGCUGCCAACUGCCUGUGGUUGCUGACCAACUCCAAACCCUGUGCCAACUGCAAGUCGCCAAUCCAGAAAAACGAAGGCUGUAAUCACAUGCAGUGUGCCAAGUGUAAAUAUGACUUCUGCUGGAUCUGUCUGGAGGAAUGGAAGAAACACAGCUCCUCUACCGGAGGUUACUACCGCUGUACCCGAUACGAGGUCAUUCAGCAGGUGGAGGAGCAGUCUAAGGAGAUGACAGUGGAGGCGGAGAAGAAGCACAAGAGCUUUCAGGAACUGGACCGUUUCAUGCACUAUUACACGCGAUACAAGAACCAUGAACACAGUUACCAACUAGAGCAGCGCCUCCUGAAAACGGCCAAAGAGAAGAUGGAACAGCUGAGCCAAGCCUUCACUGGAAGAGAAGGUCCUCCUCCAGACACCACCUUUAUAGAAGAUGGCGUGCACGAGCUUCUCAAGACCCGCCGCAUCCUUAAGUGCUCUUAUCCAUACGGUUUCUUUCUGGAACCCAAAAGCACAAAGAAAGAAAUAUUUGAACUUAUGCAGACUGAUCUGGAGAUGGUGACUGAGGAUCUUGCUCAGAAGGUGAACAGGCCUUACCUCCGCACACCUCGCCAUAAAAUCAUCAGUGCUGCCUGUCUUGUUCAGCAGAAGAGACGGGAGUUCCUGGCCUCCGUGGCCCGAGGCGUGGCCCCCAACGACUCCCCAGAGGUUCCACGCAGAAGCUUCGCCGGCGGAACGUGGGACUGGGAGUAUCUUGGAUUUGCUUCUCCUGAGGAGUAUUCAGAGUUUCAGUACAGACGGAGGCACAGACAACGGCGUAGAGGGGAUCUGCUCAGCCUGCACAGUCUCCGCAGCAACACACCUGACCCCAGUGACCCCAGCGACAGCACUUUAGAAACCCAAGAGGGAGGCAGUUCUCGAAGACACGGUCUCUCAACGGGGCUUGGCUCUCUCGACGAGGAUGACCCUAACAUCCUGCUGGCCAUCCAGCUUUCCCUGCAAGAGUCUGGGCUGGCCUUGGACUCCGAACCCCAGGACACACUAAACAACGAGGCAUCUUUGGGUGCUAUUGGUUCCUCUUUACCUUCGAGGCUGGAUCCAGUUCCCCACGCAGUGGAACUGCCCAGAGCUUCCCUCAGCAGCUCGGAGCUCCUAGAACUGGGCGACAGCCUCAUGAGACUGGGAAACCUCACCAACCAGUACCCUCCCCCGAACAUGAACCCUUACUCCGAGCCCCCCGGAGACGCCGACUGCCUCAACCCCUCAGACAAUGCCAACCUACUGGGCAACAUCAUGGCCUGGUUCCACGACAUGAACCCCCAGAACAUAGCACUCAUUCCCUCGGCCACGUCGGACUCCGGACCCCCGGACGCGCCCUCCUCCGGAGAGGUCGCGGAGCCGCAGGCAGAGACCCGAGAAGGAGAGGCGGAGGCGGGCAAACCCGAGCAGUUCGUGACCCUCCAGCAGUCGAAGGAGAGCAGUGAGCUUGAAAGGCCGAGCGUCCUGGAGCUGGAGCACGUGGAGGACGGGCUCCUGCCCAAGGCGGAACCGGACGCGGACGACCCGCGACGCGGCGCCGACCACGCUGCCGCCGUCCCCGGAAAGAACGACUCCGAAUCCAGCCCCCUGCGGCCCGAGCUCUCUCCGGAAUGGGAGGAGCAGGUGCACCUGGUGUGAGGGACGAGUCACAAAUGCAGUUCACCAACCUGAGUGCUCUUAACACGGCCAAACGCGUCAAGUACAGAAGCAACGGUGGU